AUGGCUAGUGAUGUUUCGUCUUUGAGGUUGGAGUUAUUCAGUGCCAAGUCCAGACUGGUUAACUAUUUGCAAAAUCAUCAUAAUUUUCGGCCAGUUCAGAGAGAGUUUCUAGAGUUAGUGUCCGAAUUCGAAAUAUUAAAGCUAAAGGCUCAAGAUAUAUAUGGGAUAUCAAGAGAAAAGGUUAUACCUCAAUUGAAGUCCGUUCAUUUUGAUCUAAAUGAGGGAGACAAUCGAGUAUCCUCAGUGUCUAAUAUACACCAAAAUGCAGUAUCACAACUCCAGGAACUUUUGGAUAUGCAUGACAAUUGUUCUUAUCUCCUAGAAUUGCACCAGGCCAUAAAUAGCUUCGAGUCUUCAGUCAAUCAACUGUUAUACCAAUGUUCACGUCGUUCGGUCGUUGAUAAGAAAAAGAAAUGGGAAGACACAGUUGUAAAAUCUCCCAAAGACUCAGAAAUUGAUUUAGAACUCGAUGAUAAAUGUGUGGAAAUAGAUGAAGAAACCUAUCGUUUAUGUGUUGAUACUGUGGUAACAUCACUUGAAGAAUCUGAACAUUUAUUUGCGAAACAUAAAAAGUUUAGUAAAGAUGUAGUACUUGUCUUUCAAAGUUGUCAACAAACAUUUACACGUUGCAAGAAUCGUCUUACUCAACAUGUUGAUGAUCUUUGGCGUCGAUGGAUCAUCCUAGAAGUUCCUUCAAAACAUCAGAAUGUAUCUUCAAAGUUCAAUGUUAAUAAUAUAUAUCCUUCUAUUCGUGGACAACUUCAGCCGAAUGAUUUUUUCAGUUUUUUAUUCGAUGCUUGUAUACCAUCACCUACUGAUAUGUGUAAAUCUUUAAGACAGCCGAGUUAUACAUCCAAUUCCGUUUUUUAUGAAGUUUCUGAUCAUGAUGUGCCGACUACUCAAUCAUACGGGGAAUCCACUGUUUUAGCUAGUCUCAAAAUAUUGGCUAAACCUGGAUUGAUCUCUCAGUUGUUACGUAUUAUUGAUGCUUUAAAAGAGUCUAAGGUACCUUGUGUGUCGGGAUCAAAUGUCGGCUGGGGAAAAUUAAAGUGUCAAAUAAUUGAACAAUCUGUAAACAUCGAAUCAGAUCAUGAAUUAUUUAUCAAAGAAAUAGGCCUAGAAACAACCGAUAAUGAUGAUGUUUUUAUGACUCAAUAUUUACGUUUAACAUUAAUUGCUCCAAAUACUCCUCCUCCUAAUACUACUACAACAAAUCCUAAUGAAAAUAAUCAUAAUCAUGAUGACGAGGAUGAUGAUGAUGAUGAUUUAAUCUCUAGUUCAUGUAAUCAAUUAACUAAAGUAUUUCAAGAAUUGUAUACUUAUCUAUUUGGUUUACAAGCAAUUCAAUCAGACAAUAAACGUUUUAUUGAUAUAAUUGUAAAUAAUAAUAUUGAUAGUGAUUCAGGAAUGUUCAAUAAUGAAUUAGUUAAAGAUUUAAUUGAUGGACGUUUUAAUGCUGGUUUACCAUCAGCUGAAAAAUUACAUAAAUCAGAGAUAAUUGCAAUAUUAACACAAGUUGUUCUACGAUUAAUUAGUGUUGGUCGAAAUACUGGAUUUUUAAUAGAUGAUAUUAAUCACCUUCAUGAUGAUGAUGAUCAUGAUCAUGAUAAGAUUGAUUCAUUUAAAGUAUCAGCUAUUGGUGGUGCAACAAAAUUAAAUCUUUGGAUUGAUAGUCUUUCUAUAUUAAAACAUAAACGAUCAGCGAAUGCAAUAUUAGAAGAAUUACGUGAAUUAUUAGCUGAUCGUAAAUUAUUUUAUUCAAUGUGUUCAACUAAUAGUUUAGUAAAAGUAUGUGAAAAAAACGCUACAACUACAACAACUAAUUUCACUACAAAACAUAAUAAUAAUAAUACUGAUGAAGGUAUUUAUGAAGAGGAUGACUUAAUAUUGGACGAUUUUAUCGAGAAUGAUACCAUUGAAUUGGAAUAUUCAGAUAAAACUAAUAAAAAUGAUCAAUUUUAUCGAAACUAUUAA